UAUCACCUCACUUGGAUCUCACACUAGGAUCCAAUUAUCCUCAACUGAAUCUCGGGUUAUAAUAUCCCUGAACCCCCAAUAUCACCCCUCAGAUCCUGCAUCCCUUAUCACAUCACCCCUCAGAUCCGCAUCCCUUAUUACAUCACUCUUCGGAUCUGGCCCCCCUUAUUACAUCGCUCCUCAGAUCCGUAAUCCCUUAUCACUCCUCGGAUCCGGCACCCCUUAUUACGUCACUCCUCGGAUCCGGCACCCCUUAUCACGUCACUCCUCGGAUCCGGCAACCCUUAUCCCGUCACUCGUCGGAUCCGGCAACCCUUAUCCCGUCACUCGUCGGAUCCGGCAACCCUUAUCCCGUCACUCGUCGGAUCCGGCACCCCUUAUCCCGUCACUCGUCGGAUCCGGCACCCCUUAUCCCGUCACUCGUCGGAUCCGGCACCCCUUAUCACGUCACUCGUCGGAUCCGGCACCCCUUAUCACGUCACUCGUCGGAUCCGGCACCCCUUAUCACGUCACUCGUCGGAUCCGGCACCCCUUAUCACGUCACUCGUCGGAUCCGGCACCCCUUAUCACGUCACUCGUCGGAUCCGGCACCCCUUAUCACGUCACUCGUCGGAUCCGGCACCCCUUAUCACGUCACUCGUCGGAUCCGGCACCCCUUAUCACGUCACUCGUCGGAUCCGGCACCCCUUAUCACGUCACUACUCUGAUCCGGCACCCCUUAUCACGUCACUCCUCAGAUCCGGCACCCCUUAUCACGUCACUCCUCAGAUCCAGCAUCCCUUAUUACGUCACUCCUCGGAUCCGGCAUCCCUUAUUACGUCACUCCUCGGAUCCGGCAUCCCUUAUUACGUCAUCACUGAGAUCCAGAAUCCCAUAAUUCAUUAUCUCCUCCAUCUGGCUCCCCUUAAUCUAUACCCUGCUCUGUCCAGUUCCCCCUCACCCAGCACUGCUUGCAUUUGUUAACACCAUAUCUCCUCACUGCCUUGAUCUGCGUCCAUUAUAUCUAUCCUUACAUUACUGCAGGGAUUUUAUACCAAUCUCCUUAUUAUUGACCCCCCUCAUCUCUAUCAUGGUGUUCUGCUACUCUAUUGUAGUUACCUUUUAUAAAACCCAGUAAAUCGCUCCCUCUCAUUACUGCUUGUGUUUUUAACUCCAAAAUCACUGCCUCUCUGUUCCACGCUCAGCUAGCUUUUACUGCCUGUUUGCUUAACCCACUACAUCACGGCCCCUCUAUUUAACUACUUACAUCACCACUUCUAUUCUUCACUCUGUAAAUCCUCUUCUCUCUUAAUACCCCAUUUAUCAGCUUCAUUACUCGUGUUACAUUCCCCGUAUCUAACAGUUUCUUCAUUUAACUGUCUUGCCUUUUUUAUUUUCACUAUCUUUCUCUUGUCUGUUGCCACUUCCAUUUAUUUCUUUGUUUAUCCUCAUUUUAUUGGUCCUCGUUAUAUCCCUGUCUCUAUUAUUGUCUUGUCUUACCUCACGGUUUCCCUCCUCUUAUUGCUAUACAAUUUGCUCCAUCUCAUUACUUCUCUCUUACCCUAUUUUCAUUUCCAUUUUGACUCUUCCAAGUAUUUUACAACCCCCUGGUCUUUCAGAGGCCCUGCGUAGUCACCAUGAAUUACCCCCCUCCUGGUCUUUCUGGGAGCCCUCAGUCCUCGCUCACUUCCCAGGUGUCAGUUUCAGGUUCCUCUGUCCCUUCUCAGUUUGGCACAGUUCCACAGUUUGGCUCUGGAUCAGUUCCAGCACCCCAGCCACCCGGGGCACCCCAGUAUGUUCUUUCAAAUUCUGUGGCCAUCAGAGCAGAGAUUCAGCGAUUUGAGUCUGUGCACCCCAAUAUCUAUGCCAUCUACGACCUUAUCGAGAGGGUGGAUGACUUAGGACUUCAGAACCAGAUCAGAGAACAUGUCAUCUCAAUUGAAGACUCAUUUGUGAACAGUCAGGAGUGGACUCUGAGCAGAUCCGUCCCAGAGCUGAAAGUGGGAAUUGUGGGAAAUCUGUCCAGCGGGAAGUCUGCGCUAGUCCAUCGCUAUUUAACAGGAACAUAUGUACAGGAGGAAUCUCCUGAAGGGGGAAGAUUCAAAAAGGAGAUUGUGGUUGACGGUCAAAGUUAUCUUCUACUCAUAAGAGAUGAAGGUGGUCCCCCCGAGAUGCAGUUUGCCGCUUGGGUAGAUGCUGUUGUCUUUGUCUUCAGCCUUGAAGAUGAAAUCAGUUUCCAGACGGUGUUCAAUUAUUACGCUCGCCUGUCCAGUUAUCGAAACACGGCUGAUGUUCCCAUGGUACUUGUAGGGACACAAGAUGCCAUUAGUGCCACCAACCCACGAGUGAUCGAUGACUCACGAGCACGGAAGCUCUCUAAUGACCUGAAACGCUGCACUUACUAUGAAACUUGUGCCACCUACGGCCUGAAUGUGGAACGUGUUUUUCAAGAUGUGGCUCAGAAGGUGGUUGCCAUUCGCAAGAAGCAGCAGCUCUCUAUUGGUCCAUGCAAGUCUUUGCCCAACUCUCCAAGUCAUUCUUCUGUUUCUGCAGCCUCCAUUCCAGCAAUGCACAUGAACCAGGCAACCAAUGGCGGGGGAACUUUCAGUGACUACUCGUCUUCUGUGCCAUCCACCCCCAGCAUAAGCCAACGUGAGUUACGCAUUGAGACCAUCGCUGCAUCCAGUACUCCCACUCCAAUACGCAAGCAAAGCAAACGACGCUCUAACAUCUUCACAUCUCGGAGGGGAGCAGAGGUGGACAGAGAGAAGCGGGCCCCGGAAUGUAAAUCUGAGAGUGUUGGCAGUGGAAGAGCCAUACCUAUCAAACAGGGUGUGCUGCUGAAGAGAAGUGGAAAGUCUCUGAAUAAGGAAUGGAAGAAGAAAUAUGUCACGCUGUGCGAUAAUGGAGUAUUAACUUACCAUCCAAGUCUACAUGAUUAUAUGCAGAAUAUUCAUGGGAAACAGAUUGACUUGCUUCGUACAACAGUGAAAGUUCCUGGCAAGAGACCACCCAGGGCCUCAUGUGCGCCCCCAGGAGGCAGCUCUCAAAUCACUGCACAUACAGGUGCUUCACAGUCUUCACUGCCCUCAGAGCGCUCACUCAGUGGUCUCAGCCUUUCAGCAUUUAGUUCUAAAAGUGAAGGUGGUGGCAUGUCUCAGAGAUCUUUCUCAGUCUGCAGUGGGGAACAGUGGCCAGAGCCAGUUACAGGUGUGUCCCCAAGUGAUUCUCUCAGCCCAGCAUCUAAUAUGGGUGGUACUGCCAGCCCUAAAUUGGACCCACCUCCUUCUCCCCAUGCAAAUCGAAAGAAACAUCGCAGGAAAAAGAGCAGUGGACCACCACGCUCCGAGGGAAUCACCAGUGCAACAGAGGAGCCAGAGGAAUCAUAUGGCUUUGUCAUUGUGUCACUCAGUGGUCAAAGCUGGCAUUUCGAAGCUUCACUGUAUGAAGACCGUGAGUUAUGGGUCCAGGCCAUUGAAAGCCAGAUUUUGGCAAGUCUCCAGGGUUGUGAGAGCACCAAGAAUAAGACCCGUCUUGGCAGCCAGAGUGAUGCCCUGGCAAUUCAGUCCAUUCGAAGUGUGCGGGGAAACAGCCUCUGUGUGGACUGUGAUACCCCUAAUCCAGAUUGGGCCAGCCUAAAUCUUGGUGCGCUGAUGUGCAUCGAAUGUUCAGGGAUUCACCGUAACCUUGGGACUCACCUAUCUCGUGUUCGCUCCCUUGAUCUCGACGACUGGCCAGUGGAACUAACAAUGGUCAUGAUGGCAAUUGGGAACAGUCUGGCAAAUGCUGUGUGGGAGCAUUGUACAGACGGUUACACCAAACCCAACUCAGAAAACUCUAGAGAGGAGAAGGAGCUCUGGAUCCGAGCAAAGUACGAGCAGAAGGUGUUUUUGUGUUCUUUGCCCACGUCAGAUGUACCACUUGGUCAGCAGCUUCUGCGGGCAGUCGUUGAGGAUGACUUGCGAAUGGUGGUCACCCUCCUUGCUCAUGGUACGAAGGAAGAGGUAAACGAGACAUAUGGCGAUGGUGAUGGUCGCUCAGCACUACAUCUGGCAGCAGCUAUGGCUAACGUGGUGUGCACACAGCUUCUUAUUUGGUACGGUGUGGAUGUUAAAUGCUGUGACGCUCGUGGUCUUUCCCCACUUGCUUACGCUCGACGAGCUGGAAGCACAGAGUGCGUUGAUAUUCUGCUCCAAUAUGGAUGUCCAAGUGAUGGCUGCAGUCCUACUCCUGGCCUGUAGCACCUGCACUCCUGAACUGAGUAUUCUGUGAUCUCCGAACCCUUCACUGGGCUUAUCACUGUGCCCUACGACCACAGAUCCAAGGGUUACUUGGCUCUGGCAGCCAUUUUUAAAUAUCUUAUUAUAAUUCUCAGCUUUUCUCUUGAAGCAGAAUAGUUCAUCCAAGAGAACCUGCCUUGCACCUGCUAUAGGGAGCUGGCUCCUGUCUGUUCAGCUCAACAUAACUCUGUAACUUCAUCAAUUUAAAAGCCGACAUGUUGGAAACUCCAUCUUGUAUAGAUGUAAAUAGCCCUUCUUUGUUUUAUUCUGUGUUACUCCCAGUACCCUUGCAUUAUUAUCACAGCAUCCAAUGAGAGGAUCAUAAUAUGGAGAUCUGUUCUUAGAUACAUGUGGUUAUUGUGUGUAUGUAUUUAUAAUAAAAUAUGCAUGCACACAUCUUAACUCAGUAUUUAUAUAGACCUCGCACAAUGCGGAGAGGGGCAGAUUUCUACAGUAUUUCUGUUACAUUCACACAAUGUGGGACUUGUUAGCAAUGGCUACUUCAGGAACGUUUUGUUUUUACAAAACAUCUCACAGUGUUGAGUUCAUGUUACAGAGAGUGCAUACGAGACUCUGUUAUUGGCCUGUUGAAAAGUAGUUCUAUUGCAUUUGUGAUGGGUCAGCUUUAGGUGCCCGGACCUGUGUCAGAAAAGUGUAAGCUGUGUAAGGGUCUGAGGUCAAAGGCACUUGACAUAGAGUUGUUGACCCCAGUGACUACAGUUUUGGGCUAUGAGUGAAGGAGCGGUCAUAAGAGUAGGAAUCAAGGCUGAAGAGUUAGGUGGAUGUUGGUCAUUUUUGACUAGAAUAUUGUUUGAGCUAGAGAGCACUCUUUAUGAGAAUCUAUGAGAAAAAUCUGCUUGACCUAUGUUCUAGGAUUACCUAGAUUUAUUGUUUUUAUCUAAUAGGACACAAUGAUGAUUUUACUUGAAUGAUUACCUGUGCAGGUCAUAGUCACACAUAGUCUGGACUGAAUGAUGGUGUGGACUACCAGAUUGUCUAGACUGAAGAUUGCCUCAACCACAGAGAGAGUCUGGACUUUUUCAUGGUUAGGGCUGCAGAGAUGUAUGAAAUGAACAAUAGUCUGAUCUAAGAGCGUAUUUCAACUCCGUGAUCAUUCCAGGUUUGAUUGAUAUUUAGGUGAUGAUAAGUACAUUGUAGCCAGGGUUAUCAUGAGUAGAAUGGGUUAAGAGAAUCUGCUGGAGAAAAGGCACUAGCUGGAUGAUGGUGAUUGUUCUAACACCAGGAAGUAUUAGGAGGUUCAAGUAGACAGAAUAUAAUGUAAAAGCUAAGCUAGAAGAUUGGACAUAAUGAUGAGCUGAGAUACAUAGGAGAAAUGGUGAGGAAAUUAGAUGCAUGUAGAUACCAUAUGACGAGCAGAUAAUGUACCAUUGGAAAGUUCAGGAUGAACUGGAAAUGGUGAGAGUCUGUUAUACAUGUAGAGCUAGGCAGGUCUGAGUUAUACAUAGGUAGGACAUAGAAUGGGCUGAGGUACUAGUAAACAGUCUGAAGUCAGUAAGGGCUGUGCUAGGUUGUAUUGAUUGAUAAACUGGAAGAGCUCCAGGGUUCUGGUGUAUAAAUUGUACAGUAUAAAUUAUUUAUAUUGCUGUGUAUAUACGGUGCAUUAUGUCAUGUACUACAUGUGAAAUAAAGAGUUGACCAUAUCAGA